CAAUUGACGAACCACACUCCGAAAAUCUGUGUUAGUUGAACUGUGUAUGCGGCUUUUGACUUUUUUUGAGUGACGAUGUAAAAGAACUUUUGGAGAUGACGGAGUUGAAACCAAACGUGCCCAUUGCUGGUGCAAACUCCUUUCUAACCCACAGUCAACGCAAUCUUAAUUACAAAAUUUUUAUAUACUGCGGUAUCGUUAUCCUCUUCGUAGAAAUCUGCCUAGGCUACUAUUUGUAUAGGCAGAUUAACUUGGAUAUACAAAAUGGUUACAUAACUAAGCAAGAUUUCGAUCCAUAUUUUAUAAAUGAAAUUCGUGGUGAAGAUAUUAGAGAAAAAAUUAUUCGAACUUUAACUGAAUGUGAAAAAUUUAGAAACAUUCCCAACAGAAAAAGACGAAACACGGACAGUGAAGAAGAUCAGUCCGCAACUUCGGAAAAAUCACUUGAGGACUACUGUCGGGUGAUUCUUCAGUCCUGUCCUCCAGGGAACCCAGGCUUGGUAGGACAACCAGGACUAAAGGGAGAACGAGGACCUUAUGGACCACCAGGGUCAAAAGGAGAAAAAGGAGAUGCAGGAGUUCCCACACCACCGAUAGUGAAAGGAGAGAAAGGAGAAAAGGGAGAGCCAGGUUCUAGAGGAUUACCAGGGGAUACCCCCCUCAAAGGAAAUCCAGGGAUCCCGGGAAUUCCAGGAUUUCCUGGUCCCAGGGGAUUACAAGGACCUCCGGGCUUAGAUGGUCUUCCAGGGAUACAAGGUCCUCGGGGGAUGCCAGGUCUUCCAGGAACUCCAGGCAUUGCAGGGCUUCAAGGGGAUCCAGGGGUUCCAGGUUUGCAAGGAUCCUAAAGUCUUUAGGUUCUUCAGCAUAAAUACAUAUAUACAAAAUAUCUUCCACUGAUAAUAUUAGUUAUACUACGCUAGACGCAUUUUGUUGGAUGUAUAACUUUAUUAAUGUCAUCGGUGCUAAAUAAAUAUAAA